AUGGCGGUUCCCGUAGAGGAAGCAAUCGCAGCUCUUUCCACAUUCUCGUUAGAGGAUGAGCAACCAGAAGUCCAAGGACCGGCUGUUAUGGUUUCAGCUGAAAGAGCAGCAACCGAUAGUCCCAUCGAGUAUAGUGAUGUUGCAGCAUACCGGUUGUCUCUAUCAGAAGACACAAAGGCUCUGAACCAGUUGAAUACGCUUAUACAAGAAGGAAAAGAGAUGGCGUCAAUUCUAUACACAUACAGAAGUUGCGUCAAAGCACUUCCUCAGCUUCCCGAAUCUAUGAAGCAUAGUCAAGCAGAUUUGUAUCUAGAAACAUAUCAAGUUUUGGACUUAGAAAUGAGUCGUUUACGCGAAAUUCAGAGAUGGCAAUCGUCGGCUUCAGCUAAAUUAGCUGCUGAUAUGCAGCGAUUUUCCAGACCUGAACGGCGGAUCAAUGGCCCCACAGUUACACAUCUCUGGUCAAUGCUAAAGUUGCUUGAUGUCUUGGUUCAGCUUGAUCAUCUUAAAAAUGCUAAAGCUAGCAUUCCUAAUGAUUUCUCUUGGUAUAAAAGAACAUUCACUCAAGUCAGUGCUCAGUGGCAAGAUACUGAUACAAUGAGAGAAGAAUUAGAUGACUUACAGAUUUUCCUGAGUACAAGAUGGGCUAUUUUACUCAACUUGCAUGUUGAGAUGUUCCGUGUGAACAAGUAUCCUUUUGUGGAAGACAUUCUCCAAGUUCUCAUAGUCUUCAUCGUCGAGUCUCUAGAGUUGGAUUUUGCACUCCUUUUUCCUGAGCGGUAUAUACUCCUCCGCGUCUUGCCCGUUCUUGUUGUCUUAGCAACGCCAUCUGAGAAAGACACCGAGGCUUUAUACAAGAGGGUAAAACUCAACAGAUUGAUCAACAUUUUCAAGAAUGAUCCAGUGAUUCCUGCGUUUCCAGAUCUCCAUCUUUCUCCUGCUGCAAUUCUGAAAGAACUGUCAGUGUACUUUCAAAAGUUUUCAUCACAGACUCGCCUUCUGACUCUUCCAGCACCUCAUGAGCUCCCUCCACGUGAAGCUCUAGAAUAUCCUUUCAUAUUUUUAUACUGUUCCAGGCAUUAUUUGAUAGUCAAUCACAUUGGAGCGCUCCGUGCUGAGCACGACGAUUUCUCAAUCCGAUUUGCUUCAUCCAUGAAUCAGUUAUUGCUGUUGAAGUCAAAUGAUGGAGCAUAUACUGAAUGGUGCAGAGAGGUCAAAGGAAACAUGUACGAUAUGGUUGUUGAGGGUUUCCAACUGUUAAGCAGAUGGACUGCACGCAUCUGGGAGCAAUGUGCUUGGAAAUUCUCUCGCCCGUGUAGGGACGCAGCAGAGACUCAAGAAACAUCCGGAUCAUAUUCUGAUUAUGAGAAGGUGGUGAGGUACAAUUAUACUGCAGAAGAAAGGAAAGCCUUGGUAGAACUUGUAGGCUAUAUAAAGAGUGUAGGGUCGAUGCUGCAGCGCUGUGACACAUUAGUUGCAGAUGCUUUAUGGGAGACAAUACAUGCUGAAGUUCAAGAUUUUGUACAAAACACGUUAGCCACAAUGUUGCGUACCACCUUCAGAAAGAAGAAAGAUCUCUCAAGGAUUCUUUCUGAUAUGCGGACACUUUCAGCUGACUGGAUGGCAAAUACCAGGCCCGAACAUGAGAUGCCAUCUUCACAACAUGGAGGUGAUGAAAGCAAAGCGAACUUCUUUUAUCCGAGGCCAGUUGCCCCAACAGCAGCACAGGUGCACUGUUUGCAGUUUUUGAUAUAUGAGGUCGUCUCUGGUGGAAAUCUUAGGAGGCCAGGUGGAUUCUUUGGAAAUAAUGGCUCUGAGAUUCCUGUUAAUGACUUAAAGCAACUGGAGACUUUCUUUUACAAGCUCAGCUUUUUCCUGCACAUAUUGGAUUACUCAGCAAGUAUUGGGAUAUUGACUGAUCUCGGAUUCCUGUGGUUUAGAGAAUUUUACUUAGAGUCUUCACGUGUUAUUCAGUUCCCAAUUGAAUGUUCACUACCAUGGAUGUUGAUAGACUACAUUCUUGAAGCUCAGAAUUCAGGUCUUCUUGAGAGUGUUCUGCUGCCUUUUGACAUCUAUAAUGAUUCAGCUCAACAAGCUCUGGUUGUGCUGAGGCAGAGGUUCCUCUAUGAUGAAAUUGAGGCUGAGGUGGACCAUGGUUUUGAUAUUUUUGUUUCAAGACUCUCGGAGUCUAUAUUCACGUAUUACAAGAGUUGGUCAGCAAGUGAGCUUCUUGAUCCAUCAUUUCUCUUUGCCCUGGACAAUGGUGAAAAGUUCUCUAUCCAGCCUCUACUUGGUAGAACAAUUAAUUUAAGAAGUUUGAUUGCUCAAAGAAUGAAUAAAUUCUUCAGAGAGAAUCUAGAGUUUCUCUUUGACCGUUUUGAGUCCCAGGACCUAUGUGCUGUAGUGGAACUGGAGAAGCUCAUAGAUAUCCUAAAGCACUCGCAUGAAUUGAUUUCACAAGAUCUCACCAUAGAUCCUUUCAGCCUCAUGCUGAAUGAAAUGCAAGAAAACAUUUCGCUUGUCUCAUUUUCCAGUCGACUUGCUACACAGAUUUGGUCGGAGAUGCAGAGUGAUUUCCUACCAAACUUCAUUCUUUGCAAUACCACACAGCGAUUUGUCCGCUCAUCGAAAGUUCCUCCUACUCAGAAGCCAUCAGUGCCUUCGGCUAAGCCUAGUUUCUACUGUGGCACUCAAGACUUAAAUGCAGCACAUCAGAGUUUUGCACGAUUGCAUAGUGGAUUUUUCGGGAUACCACAUUUAUUUUCUAUAGUGAAACUUCUUGGAUCCAGAUCAUUGCCUUGGCUUAUAAGAGCUUUGCUGGAUCAUAUAUCAAAUAAGAUAACAACACUUGAGCCAAUGAUCUCUGGAUUGCAAGAAGCACUGCCCAAGUCUAUCGGAUUGCUUUCUUUCGAUGGUGGUGUCACAGGUUGUAUGAGGCUUAUUAGAGAACAGCUAAACUGGGGCACAAAGUCAGAACUCAAAUCAGAAGUUCUACGUGGAAUAAAGGAAAUUGGAAGUGUGAUAUAUACAAUGGGGCUUCUCGAUAUCGUAUUGAGAGAAGUAGACACAAAGCGUUUCAUGCAAACAGCUCCAUGGUUGGGAUUAAUCCCUGGCGCAGAAGGACAGAUAGUAAACGCUCAAGAAGGCGAAAGCCCACUUGUUAAUCUCUUAAAGUCAGCAACUUCUGCGGUUGUGUCAAGUCCCGGUUGUCUUAAUCCAGCAGCGUUCUACACCAUGUCAAAACAAGCAGAAGCUGCAGAUCUUUUGUAUAAGGCAAACAUGAACGGUGGAAGCGUUCUUGAAUACACACUUGCAUUCACAAGCGCGUCGCUCGACAAAUACUGUAGUAAAUGGAGUGCUCCUCCGAAGACUGGCUUCAUCGACAUUACAACUUCAAAGGAUUUUUACCGCAUUUACGGUGGUCUUCAGAUCGGAUAUCUGGAGGAGAUAACAGUUCCACAAUCAGCUCAACACGAAGUCCUCGGUGAUUCCAUAGCUUGGGGUGGUUGUACAAUCAUUUAUUUGCUCGGACAGCAACUUCACUUUGAGUUGUUUGAUUUCUCGUACCAAGUACUCAAUGUAUCUGAGGUCGAAACUGUGUCUGCUUCACAUACUCAUCGGAAUCCUCAAAUUCUCCAGGGAUGGGAAGGUUUGUUGGAAGGGAUGAAGAAAGCUCGGCGGCUGAACAACCAUGUCUUCUCCAUGCUUAAAGCUCGUUGCCCUCUCGAAGACAAAACGGCCUGUGCCAUCAAACAGAGCGGCGCACCGCUGCCACGUGUCAGGUUUGAGAAUACCGUGUCUGCUUUUGAGACUCUGCCUCAGAAAGGCACCGUUGGCUGA